GGAGAUAGGCAGAAGGCGUUAAUUCUCCAUGUCUUCCCUCGGUUCUAGAAAAGCCCCCUGGAAUAGAGGAGAGUGUGCAACAGAAAGCCAUUGAUGAGUGGAAAUGCGCUUUGAAGGAAUCUAGUUCUUUGCACAGGAUUCAACUUUCUGGUCUGUAAUUUGAUCUCCUGUGUGGCCACACCCUCGAGAAAGGAACCCUGUGCCUGGACGACCAGCCCAAACAAAUUAGUAAAUGUGCUGUUUAGGCUUCUUGAGUUAGGGUGAUUGCCCCUGGCAGGCACAUCACCUGUGGGCCCCCCGGGGUCAGAAACGUGGUGGAAAGUCAGACAGAAGCAUUGAUUCCAGGUUGUGCCAUCUUGGGUGUGGAACUUGAUUUUUCUGAGCAACUCUACAAAACUGGGGACGUUUUCUUGGAGAACAGAAAUGAGGCUUUGGCAUCGAAUAAUCCCGGAAAGCCUAGCAUCUGGCAUAGUGGGCACUCAGUCACAUCGCCCAGACAGUGACUUUGACGGGGUGUUUCACACCUGCCUGGCCCUAACUAAACCAGAGCAACUGGGCUUUCUUACCUCUUUCAAACUGCAGUUGUUUUAAUCAACAGCAAGGGUACAGUUUAAUAAUUUAAUUUUCAUCGUUAAUCUUUAGCCAGGGUUAAAGGUCUUUGUUACUAAGUCCCUGAUAAAAAGCAUAUUCUCUGCUAACUUGUUUCCUGCAAAGUUUUGGCAAAAAAUUUUUUUCCAGUAUUUAAGUAUUUUCUUGGCAUGUAGCUAAAAGUUUGAAACAAAGUUUAUCUUGGAGGGAAGUUAUUUUUGAUAGACAUUUUCGAUCAUCAUCUUCAGGCAGCCAAGCUCCAGUCCGUUUCUCCCCCAACCCCAUCACCGCCACCAUUGCCAGUGACUGUAUUUAUGGGCAGGACUUCAGCCAGUGAGGACAUCCACUCACAGGAAACUGGCUUGUUAGAAAUGUUUCCUACCUUUAUUUAGCAUUUUACAAUUAAUAAAGGUUUAAAGCUCUCUUGUGUACCUCAGCUUGCUCUAUGAGCCACCUCUUACCUCCAUUCUAUAGAUGAUAAUAUUGAGGCUCAGAGAUGUGAAGUGAGUCACCCAGUGACAUGCCUACAAAGGAAGUGACAGAAUCAGGACUCUAGUCCACAGUGCAUUUGGUCCAGUCCCGUUCUGAUUCCAUGCACUGUCAGGGUAAGUGCUCGCAGGACCAGGCCAUAGGGCAGGAAGCUACUCUCAUCAGGAACCAGCCAGAAAGAACAGACCCAGCAACCAGUAUUAACGGCCAGGGAGUCAUCUAAACGUCUACACUGGCCCUCCAAAAGGAUCGUGCAAGCUGAGUCUGUUGAACGUCAGAAGUGUGCCAAGAUGGUGUUGUGUAAACCGUAACAUUUUGCUGUUGGGCAUGUGCAGUUGUCACAGUGGCCGGGAACUGGCUCAGUCCAGGACGAUGUCUGGAGAACUUCCAGCAAACAUUAACAUCAAGGAACCUCGAUGGGAUCAAAGCACCUUUGUUGGACGAGCCAAUCAUUUCUUCACUGUGACAGACCCCAGGAAUAUUCUGUUAAGCAACGAACAACUAGAGAAUGCUAGAAGAGUGGUGCAUGAUUACAGGCAAGGAAUUGUUCCUCCUGGUCUCACAGAAAAUGAGUUAUGGAGAGCAAAAUACAUCUAUGAUUCAGCUUUUCAUCCCGACACUGGUGAAAAGAUGAUUUUGAUAGGCAGAAUGUCAGCUCAGGUUCCAAUGAACAUGACCAUCACAGGUUGUAUGAUGACGUUUUAUAGGACCACGCCGGCGGUGCUGUUCUGGCAGUGGAUUAACCAGUCCUUCAAUGCCGUGGUCAAUUACACCAACAGAAGUGGAGACGCUCCCCUCACUGUAAAUGAAUUGGGAACAGCUUAUGUUUCCGCCACAACUGGAGCCGUAGCAACAGCUCUGGGACUCAAUGCAUUGACCAAGCACGUCUCACCACUCAUAGGACGUUUUGUUCCCUUUGCUGCGGUAGCUGCUGCUAAUUGCAUUAAUAUCCCGUUAAUGAGGCAAAGGGAACUCAAAGUCGGCAUUCCCGUCACAGACGAGAAUGGGAACCGCUUGGGCGAGUCGGCCAAUGCUGCAAAACAGGCCAUCACACAGGUGGUCGUCUCCAGGAUCCUCAUGGCAGCCCCGGGCAUGGCCAUCCCUCCAUUUAUCAUGAACACUUUGGAGAAGAAAGCCUUCCUAAAGAGGUUCCCGUGGAUGAGUGCACCUAUUCAAGUUGGAUUAGUUGGCUUUUGUUUGGUGUUUGCUACGCCGCUGUGUUGUGCUCUGUUUCCUCAGAAAAGUUCCAUGUCUGUGACGAGCUUGGAGGCUGAGCUGCAAGCCAAGAUCCGAGAGACCUAUCCUGAGUUACGGCGCGUGUACUUUAACAAGGGAUUAUAAAAUAAGGGAAGAAACUCUACAGCUUGUCCCGCCUGCUGCAGACCUGGUGAGGAGAAGCCUGUUCAGCCCGGGUUCUCCCAGUGACAGAAACCUUUUCAAGAUCCACAUUAGCCUUUUAGAGUCAAGCUGCCACCUACAGCACAGCACCUGGUGUGGGCCUGGCGCCCGACACCCGUUGGCUCCCUUACAUUUGAAUCACGGUGUAAUUUACAAAAAUACCCUUCCUGUAGCUUUUAUAGUAAUUGUUUUUCAAAGACAAUAUACCAGCCCUCCCCCAGAGUUUUAAAAAGCACUGUUAGGCAUAGAGUAGAUGUUCAGUAUAUACUCAAUAAAUACUUACUGAUUAUCAGUGAGCGAAAAGGAAAUCUGUUUGAAAUACUGAAUGUUUAUCCUGUUCUUGUUUCAAAUCACUCGGCAGUGAUUUGGGAAAACACAAAGCUCUGAGGCUAAGCUGUAAAAAACUGGACUCAUAAACAUUAAGGGAAGUUUGCUUCCAGUCUGGGCAGUGGGCAACCCCAACUAAGUGACAUCUCUUGUGGAUUUGUAGGAUUGAAAGCUCCCCCAUGUACUUCCCAGAAGGCACGGUAAUAGACCAGUGCAGUGAGCUGUUCCUGCCGGCCACGAUUCUGUGCAUUCACAUUGCUGGGGGAUUUCUUUGGUUGACUUCUAAAUUUAUUCUGGUUUACAUUCUUACGAAGUUCCUCUUACCUCGCACUUGUUGACCUUAGAUUCGGUUAUUUACACCAAAUAAUCAAAUCACAGAAAUGUUCCACAUGUCGGAUUUUGGAAGUAUAUUCAAUACCAGUGCCGUGUGACUGGGUUGGAUCUGGUUUGUUUGACUCUUUAGGAGUGAGAGCCCAGCUCCAGCUAGCUACAUGUGCUGGUCAUUCUUCUAGAUCUCCUUGGCUUUCAGAAAGAUGCGGAAAUGUUGUGUAUGUGAAUCAGUGACUAAAUGAAUUUUCCUUGAAUAUUGUCUAUUGCAUUCUACCCUGUUUGAAAAUAACGAAUCCAUGGGCCAGUGUUUACAUCAUCUGUAGUAGCUUCACCUGUUUUUAACGUAACAGGUUAUGUUUCACGUCUGUAGAUGUUCCAGGCAUAUGCUAGGUGGUUGUUCUGUUGAGUGAAGACCACUCAGUUCACUUGUAAUUCAGAGACUUGUAAGUGGGGGGGAGGGGGAAUGUAGAAGCUAGUUUCGACAGAUUUUUCCCGACGAUGUGACCAGUCUGUAUUUCCUCAUAAAGAAAAAAUGGUGUGCCUUGUGUCCGUGUUUCUCUUUUUCUCUGAAAGGAUUAUGGAUCGGAAGCUUGGGGGCACCUCGAGCCUUCCUUUGUGCCACCAGAAUUUUCUCUUUGAGAUUUUCUGUCUUAAACCAUUUGAGGCAAAUUGGUUCCCCAUGACAUUCUGAUGUAUUUUGUUGCCGUAGAUGCUUCUCUUUAAGUAGCGGUAAGAGCCUGAAAUUGAAGGCAGAUCUCCAUGAGGUGCUGAAAGGGUGGUUUGUAACCUAACUAAGCGCUUGACGCCAACCCCACCUGCCCCAGCUAAUCUCAGAAUUCUCACCGUCCCCUCCCCCAUUAACUGUUAGGUCCCUUUCAGAAUCCUAACCUUCAUUGAGAAAUCAGCUAGCAACUGGCUUGACGCUUGAUGAACUAACCAAAAUUUUGUACGCACCAGGAAGGUAGGACCAAAGCACUGUUGUAGAAGGGAUAAUGAACAUGGAGAUGUGUCUUUUUAAACACUUACUGAGGCUUCCAACCCCUGAUGCUUUUAUAUAGAAAUAUUAACUGUAUCAUUUAAUCGUGGUUUAUAAAAAGGAACAAAUGAACCAAGAUUGGCAAUUUCGCUGAUCUCUUAGAAAUAUCUUUUCUGGAGAAAAGUCCACAUGAAGUGCAAUGAGCUUAUAAAGGUAAAUGGUUGUUCAUAUUUCUAGUCACGUGAUAAUUAUGAUUGUACGUAUUACUGACUGGCAGAUCUUAUUACUUCAGUAUUAGCGCGGUGUCUUUGCCAGUGUUGGAGUCAAUGUAUUAUUUCCGUUCAACUGGAUGAAAUGUUAAAUAAACUCAGACUGAAAAUAAAUUCUCUCUCUUAUUUGUAUGUAAAGGGCGAUGCGGUUUUUGUGUUACAGUCGAUGGUACUUUCGUUCAGACUUAACAUCUGGCUACCAUCAGGAACUCCUAAUGAGGAAACAGUUUUCUGUGGUGCCUUUGGCAGGAAAUGUUUUCCUGUGUGGGGCUACCAGUCUUCCACCUUCUCGAACACCAUAUGCGCCGGGCACCCACCCUCUGCCCCCCGCCCCGUGGUGUCAUUCCAGGAACGUUUGUUAUGAGCACGGGGGGGUUGGGGGGGGGGGUGUCCCACUGCACAUGGUUGGUGAGGUGAAUUUGCUUUCAUACUGUUUGUCAGCUGCUAAUGUGGAACUAGCAUUUUCUGUCGUUCAGGGAGAAAAUCUAAGUUAACCCAAGAUUGGGGAGCGCCUUAUUAACAGACUUAAUAAAAGAUUGCGCAUUGUAA